AUGGCAUCUUCCGAGCAGAUCAAGGUGACUCAGGAUUUGCUCGCAAGGGCGCACUCUCCCGACAGCGCAAACCGCAUCUACAGUGAUAAGAUCCAGUAUCGAACUCUUCAGCUCAAGCCAACAUCUCCUCCUGCCGCUACCCUCAAUGCCAGGGCAGCACGCCAAAGAGCUCGUCUGCAGGGCAAACUCCGCGGGAAACAGAGGCCGAAGCCGCUCUCUGCCCGUGAGCGCCGCCAGCUGGGUCUAUACGACAUUCCCAAGGAGGGGCAGAAGUAUGAAAAUUACGAAGGGUUGAACAAGCUUUGGAUGGGCUACGCCUUGGAAAUCUUGGGCAACGACAUAUACACCGGCGGCCCACUGGCUGCUGCGAAGCUGGCAAGCGCCGAGUUCCACGGGGCUGAAGCCGAGGUGGUGAGGAGUCGGUGCCCAGGACGAGUGGGUAUCAAGGGCAUCAUUGUGAGGGACCGCAAGUUUGUUGUUGAGCUGAUUACAAGAAAGAGGGGGCUCAAGGUUGUUCCCAAGGAGGGGACCACGUUUCGUGUGGAAGUCUCCGAGCCUCAACAAGCCAACGAUGCCACGGAGAAGAGAUUCGCCUUUGAAGUGCUUGGAGACCAGAUGAUGCUGCGCUCUGCCGACCGAGCCAACAGGAAAUUCAAAGCGCAUUUCCUAAAACAUGUCUAA